AUGAGUUUCUUUACUCUCUUCCUCACCUUGUUCCUUUCGCUUGUCGUUUCAUUUGUCUUCCUUCCCAAGACCCUGCCGUUCGCGGGUGAGCUACUAGGGUACUAUCUGCGCCGAUCGUCGCGUACCAGGCGGGAACUGCUGCUGGCCAGAGUUGCGGCCGAGCAGCAGGCAUUUGAGGCCGAGCGGAAGAAAGAGAAGGAGAAGGAGGAUGAGGAUUGGGAAGAGGUUGAGGCCUCUAUGGUGGGGAGUGCGGUGAAUGGAGGGAAGGCGGACAAGGAUUGGAGUGGCAUUGUGGCAUUCUUCCACCCGUUCUGCAAUGCAGGAGGCGGCGGCGAACGGGUCCUCUGGGCCGCCAUUCGCGCAACCCAAAAGCGCUGGCCAGAAGCCGUAUGCGUAGUGUACACAGGCGACCACGACGUCGAUAAGUCCGCAAUUCUUAAGCGCGUAAAAGACCGCUUCAACAUCCACCUCCACCCACCGACCGUCCACUUCCUCUACCUCACGACGCGCCAGUACGUGCUCAGCAGCACAUGGCCGCGCUUCACAUUGCUAGGCCAGUCUCUAGGCUCCAUAUACCUCGCAUACGACGCCUUCACGCUCCUCGUCCCUGACAUCUUCAUCGACACCAUGGGCUACGCCUUUGCCGUCGCCCUCUGCUCGCUUCUUUUCCCUUCCGUCCCGACCGCAGCGUAUGUCCACUACCCUACCAUCUCGACCGACAUGCUCGACUCCCUCGCAGCCGGCGGCCAGGGUAUAAACGCCGGCGCAGGGGAAGGCACGCGGGGCGCCGUGAAAAAGCAAUAUUGGCACCUUUUCGCCUGGCUCUACAGCAAAGUAGGCAGCACAAUCGACGUCGUAAUGACGAACUCCUCUUGGACACAAGCACACAUCAAGUCCCUUUGGGGCCCCUACCGCAACCGGCGCAACAAGACCACAGACCACGACAUCGACGUCGUCUUCCCACCCGUCGCAGUCGAAGAGCUAGAAGAAGCAAUCGAGCUCUCCGAAGCCAGCGAAAAGAACCGUGGUCCCUACCUGCUCUACAUAGCGCAGUUUCGACCGGAGAAGAAUCAUCAACUCAUCCUUCGUGCCUUCGCUUCCUACCUUUCCACCAAUCCCAACCACCCGGCCUUCCCAUCCCAAAAACCAAAACUCGUUCUCAUAGGCUCAGUGCGAGACUCUGACGACGCAACGCGCGUGUACAACCUACGUCUCCUCGCGCACGAACUCAACAUCAAAGAAAGCGUAGAAUUCGUCUGCGACGCCUCAUGGCCUCAGAUGCUGGACUGGAUGCGCAAAGCGAGCGUGGGCGUGAACGGCAUGUGGAACGAGCAUUUCGGGAUCGGCGUUGUCGAGUAUCAGGCUGCGGGCUUGAUUAGCGUGGUCAACGACUCUGGGGGGCCGAAGCUGGACAUUGUGGUAGAGGUGGAUGGGGAACCAACUGGGUUUCAUGCCUCGACGGAAGAGGAGUAUGUAAAAGGCUUCAGCAAGGCGCUUUCACUAUCACCGGAGGAGACGCUAGCGAUGCGGCAUAGGGCGCGAAAAUCAGCAUUACGGUUCACCGAUCGAGGGUUUGCAGAGAAGUGGAUACAGAACAUGGAUCAGUUAGUGAGGCUGCAGGUUUCGAGGUCUGCCAGGUGAUUGCUUUUGCAUCGGGCGUUUCUAGGGCGCUGUUUGAGGUAUGGGAAAGCGUGCAUUGGGCGGAGUUGGAGAACGUAGUGGUUAGCGUUAAAUGCAUCCUAUAUGAGUUCACGUUCGCUUAAAACUUGAAUGGAG